AGUCCGUCUUGUUUUGUCGUCGUGGCUUUCCAAGUAGAUCAAGUUUUGUCAUUUCUCACUCAAAAUUUUAUCUUUUUUCCUGCCUGGGAAGAUUUUGAAGUCGAGAUCAGUCAGCUCUCAUACUAAAUAUUUUGACCGAGUGGAAGAAGUGGAUGGAUUUCGAGGUGUGGAUUCAAUUUAAAUCUGCCAAAAAUUGCUUUUCUUCGCGUGGUUUUGGUUUUUGGUUUGUGGUUUUGGUUUCAGUUUUAGUUUUACAAGACAGACAGACUACGAUAGCACAGUGACUAUUACUUUUUACUUAUUUAUGUAAAUACAUCGUGUCAUACACGCCUAAAGUAUCUUAUUUUUUUGGUAUUGGCUAAUUUAAAAUCGUGGCUUAAUUUCGACCGAUACGAAAUUUGUAGAUAAAUACAAACAAAAAAUUACACGAUUUACGUAAAUAUAGCAUUUUUACGUGUGUAAAAUGGGUUGUCAGCUAAAUAGGUAAAUAGGAACAAAAACAUUACACGAUUUACGUAAAUAUAAUACUUUUACUUUUAUAAAAUGGGACAAAUUGGGGUGCAAUUUAACGGGGAACAAAUUGACAAAAUUUAAAAAAAUACUGGAAAGAGACAUUAAGUUUUGUUGGAAUAUAAAAAUUAAUAUCACAAAUUGUGCCAUCUGAUAAGAAAAAUGGAUAAAAUUUUAAAAAAUAUGCAAUUGAAAAAGAACGUGUACUGAUAAUUUAAAUAUUUAUAAAGCAAUAAUUUAAAAAGCUGAAUUUAGUGAGAAUAUGCAAUUUUUUACAAAUUGUGCAGUUAAAUACGUAAAAAAGUGACAAAAUUUUGAAAAAUACUGGACAUUAAAUUUGGUGAGAAUAUAUAACGGUAUAAAAAUUAAUAUCCCAAAUUGUGCCGUUUAAGAGGAAAAAAGUGAAUACAAUUUUGAAAAAUUGUGAGAAUAGGGUCUCACUUUUUUUGUGUAUGACACGGGAGAAGAAUUUGAAGUGGACAAAAUUUUGAAAAAUAUCUGACAUUGUGAGAAUAGGGUUACAUAUAAAAAUUGGACAAUUUUUUGUACCACACGGAAAACAGUGUAGAAUUUGGAAGAAUGAAGCGACUCCCCCGAUUUGGAGCGUCGUGGGAUUCUAAACAAAUCGGCAAAACGUCGACGACCAAAAUGCUACCUGAAGGGUUUACCGUGAUCGGAAGGAAGAACAGUAGGAUGACGCACCACCACCAGCACACGGGUUAUCUGUUGGGGAAGGUCCGCCUGGAGGGGGCCAUCCGCUCCGAAGUCCUCGCAAACUUGGUGGAAACCUUGAUCCAAAAGUAUCACACGCCAUCAUCCGAGUCAUCGCCCAACAAUAAGAAACAAUUCAAGUUCAACGAACAUCACAAAUAUUCCGUGGAAUGUUCCGAACGUGGCUUGAAACUGACUUCGCCUACGUGCCGCUCAAAAGACGAAGGUUUCGAGUCCGACUCUGAAUCCAUCCGGUCCAUCCGAAUCUCCACCGACACCGUGGAACUGGACUUAUCCAACCUUAUCAACCACCUCGACCUCACCACCACCACGACCUCCAGCGACGUUAUCACCACCCCGUCCUCCGACGACAAAGCCAGCUCCUCCUCCCCCGCCCCCUCCUCCCCCGGCGGCACCUCGCUCGACUCCACGUCCCUCUCCUCCUCCGGCCUCCACAUCCUCCUCUCCUCCUCCGACGACAAUAAUUCCUCCUCCUCCGGAAACGGGUCGGAUUCCGAUGAGUUCAAGGUGGACGAUCAUUUACCCCCCACUUGUUCCGCCCCCUCGUUGAGAUCCUCUCCGUACUGGGAAAUGCUGCCCAACCUCUCCUCCUUCCAGUCAUACCUUAUCGAGGAUGUCGUCUUCUGCCAUUGCGACGCCCUCCAUCCCUCCACCCUCGUCUGGGUGGUGCGCCACUUGGACAAGAUGAUCGCGCUGGUCACCACGUUUCGCACGAGGUCGGAGGCAGAACAACUGUUCCAAACGUAUCGAGAACUCAGGGUCAAACUGAAACCGGUCAAGUAUAAGAUUAAUCCGAUUUUGGGGUUGAAAAUCCCGCCACCCGCGCCGAAUUCACUUGGUCCAGAUGGUCCCGGGUCUUUAAUGAUGAUGACUUCUUCUUCCUCUUCCCCGGAGGAAAAUAGCCCCCCGUUCGCCUCCCUGCUGGCACAACCGACGGAAGUUCUGCAAGAAUCGUGCCACUCGUCGCCACUGUUUAAUUAUGAUGCUCCGCCCCCCAAAUCGUUAGAUUUUGAGGGCAUGUUGUUCCGUGGGGGGCAUCAGAUCACGUCUGGCACGGGGUCCCUUCUUCUCCGCGAGCCGUUAAGCAGGACGGGGUCGAAUUCCUUAUCGCUGCAUAACCACGUGUACAUCUCGAACCCAAAUAUUGUCAGGUUCGGGGUUCCAGAAAAUAAUGGGGGCGACUGCGAGGAGACUAAUCAUCAUCCCGCCCGACCCCAGAGGAAAAUUUCGCCAACGGCGGCGUCAUCAAAUUCAAACACCCCCGCGAAAAACCAGCCCGCCCCCCAAAACAACCAACCCGUGCUCCUCGUCCCGCUAAAAACGGAGAGUACUGUGACCACUUUGAAAACGCAGUAUCCGAAAGAAUCCUACCUGUAUCACGUGAUGGGACGGGGCGGGUCUUCGUCCUCCUCGACAUUUGCGCCGUACCAGAGGUCCCUCAAUUUCCUGCCGCAUCAACAAUAUCCCCCCGGCGUGGGGGGGAUGGGGGCAGAUUAUUCCGCGGCGUGGGGACAACAGCACCAGUUGUUGGUACCAUUCUCGUCCUGGAUGGAGUUGGCGGGAGAUCAGAAUCAUGGCGGGAAGAAUAAUGGGGGGAAAAUUCCCCUGAAAACGAGACCUGCCCGAAGUGGGGGUGGGGGCCGGACGGUGCCGAACCUUCCGAAGGGGACGACGUCCAAGAUUUUGCUGCGCGACGCGGCCGGGCGCGACUCCAUGUGGGCCUCGUUAAGUCAGCGGUUUAAGAAGAAUGUGAGGGAGAAUUUGAUCCCGAAAUUGAACGGGAUGUGGACUGGGAGUGAAGGCGGGAGUGGGGGCGGUGGGGGUGGGAGGAAGAAGAGACCCCAUAAAAAGGUCACGUUCAAUGCUUGGGCUACCGUGCAGAUGGUUUGAGAAGACAUUUUUUUACUUCUUCUUCACGACACUGUUUUUAAAAAUUACAUAAGAUUUAGGACAUAAAUGGAAAAAUCUGCAAGGUUUUUGCACUAAACUUUUUUUACAACUGGCUCAAUUUUGUAUAUAAAACUGAUUAAACUUUGUAAAUUGGAGGAGACAAGAAUUUAAAAAUCUGCUAUUUAACAACA